CAUAAUGCGUUUGAUCUGCCUUAACUAUACGCAUAAACUAUAUAUUGAACUAUUGCAUGGCUAAAGUGACUAUUCCACGGUCUUAUGCGAACUAUUGAGCACCUGUGACGUUUCGGAAUUCACUCCUAUCCUUUCAUGCGUCUAAGUCACUCAGAUGUCAACAAUGUCAGACGUCAGCCAUGACGACUUCUAGGCCUACAGCGAAGUCGAGAUUUAAGUGGUUAUGUAAUAAGAUAAGUAUAUAUAUGUGAACAUCGGUCGAUUACCAGUACCUUGUGUCAAAUAUAUAUAUUGCACAGGCACAGAUGCUAUAUUUGUAUACCACAUACAAUGUAAUGCAUUGGAUUACAAACCUAUUCUACCUUUACAUCUAUAUAGCUAUAUUUUGAAUUUUUCUCGAGCUAUAUGCCAACGUCAUCACUGACAUGUCUUAGAAAGACGAAUGAGCUGUAGUUAAAUUUAGCUAUACAAAAUCAAUUUUGUAUUAAAUGUGCGAAUACUUGAUGUUUUUUUUUUGUACAAUGUUUUCAGACUAUGCUCGCCCUGGUGUUUAUUAUGAUCAGUAAUAUACGAAGCCUGAUUACAUUCUUCAGUUUCGCAGCCUGGUUAUUUUACGGACUUACCGUUUUAGCAUUGUUGGUGCUGAGAUUCACGAUGAGGGAAGUUCAUCGUCCAAUCAAAAUCUUUAUUUUGCUUCCUGUGGUGUUCAUGGCAUUUUCCAUGUACCUAGUGGUAAUACCGAUAGUCCAAAAUCCCACCAGUGAGUUUCUGUACGCAUGCGCAUUUAUAUUCGGAGGUCUGGUGAUCUAUGUUCCGUUCGUGCACUUCCGGGUUGAUCGUGGCUGUUGCAAACCAGUUACCAGAUCAAUCCAAUGCCUGAUGGAAGUUGUACCAAGUCUUUACGACCUAGACGACGUGUCUGGAUACCAACCAUAGUCUUCAUCAUUUGUAAUUAGGCAAUUAUCAAUUACUCUCGGUUCAUAGCACAAUUUCAGACAUCACAAUUGUUGUUUUAGAUGUCUUAGCAUUUAUUCGUAAUACAUAUAUAAUACCAAGUUUGUUGACAGCUUUAAAUAGAUCAACAGCGAGCUUAUUUAAAAAAAAUAAUGCAAAUAUUACAGAACAGGGUUGCGUUACAAUUUGAUGAUAUGCAUACUUAGGUAUCUGUGUUUUAUUGUUUUGCUAGCCCACGUGUGUCAUUAUAUGAUUAUUUGAUAUCACGGUAUUCUGUUUACAUUUUAAUUGAUUGGUCUUUUGAUAAACCACAAACAGUUGUCGUAAUUGCUUACAUUUUAGUGAUUUACAGGUAAAUCUAGUGGAUUAAACGUACAAAAAAUUGAUAUUUGGAACAACUAAUAUAUUGCAUUUAUAACUAUGAUAUAUUGCCCGUUCAAUUAAUGGAUUACACGUAGACUGGAUGGAUUACACGUACAAUGGAUGGAGUACACGUACAAUUGAUGGAUUACACGUAUAAUGGAUGAUUUACACGUACGAUGGAUGUAACACACAUACACUGGAUGAAUUACACGUACAAUGGAUGGAGUACACGUACAAUUGAUGGAUUACACGCACAAUUGAUGGAUUACAAGUACAUUUGAUGGCUUAUACGUACAAUGGAUGGAGUACACGUACAAUUGAUGGAUUACACGUACAAUGGAUGGAUUAUACGCACAAUUGAUGGAUUACACGCACACUUGAUGGAUUACACGUACAAUGGAUGGAUUAUACGUACAAUGGGUGGAGUACACGCACAAUUGAUGGAUUACACGUACAAUGGAUAGAUUAUACGUACAAUGGAUGGAUUAUACGUACAAUGGAUGGAUUACACGUACAAUGGAUGGAG